AGCUUCUGCAUUCCGUCGUUCCGUGUCCGUGGUGCGAGUUUACUUGUGUUCGCUUGUCGUCGUCGUUGGUCCUGAAGGAGCCACUCUAGUGCGGUUUGUUUCCUCUUCCAGUUGCAAGUCGGUUGAUUGAAUCCAUUGUUCAACAAGCGGUCGGUCCGGUGCCGGUGUUUCCGUUGAUCGUGGUGAUUUGUGUGCUCGCUGCUCAGAUUUGUUCUAGUUCGUGGUUUACCGGUGGAAGCUCGUUUGGCGUUACGGAAUAGUUCCUUCAUAGUGUCGAUUAGACAAACUUUGCAAACAGAUAACACCAUCCACCAGGGUCUUCCUUUUUACUGAAUAGUGAACGAAUCCAACGAAACAACAACAACGAUGGCCGCUAUCUCCGAAUUCCGCAAGAAGAAGCUGCUGUAUGUGUUCCACGUGUUCUUCGACAUUAACCAGAGCGGAGAAAUCGACCGCAAGGACUUCGAGCUGGCAAUUAACAAAAUUUGCGAGCUGCGUGGCUGGCCGGAGGGACACGCCAAGAACAAGGAAACCCACGAUGCCAUGUUCAAGAUCUGGGACGGUUUGCGGACGAAGGCCGACAAGGAUAACGAUGGCCAGGUCUCAGUCGACGAAUGGUGCAACAUGUGGGAUGCCUAUGCCAAAAACCCAAAUGCCGUCCUAGAUUGGCAAGUGAGAUACAUGAACUUCAUGUUUGACCUGGAAGACGCUUCCAACGAUGGAACCAUUGACUCGGAAGAAUUCUCUACCGUUUAUUCGAGCUAUGGCGUCGAUAAGAACGAAUGCCUGGAAGCAUUCAAGAAGAUGUCGAAGGGUGCCACUGAGGUAAACCGGGACCAAUUUGCUGUAUUGUGGCGCGAGUACUUCUCAUCGGACGAUUCAAGUGCUCCAGGAAAUUUCAUCUUCGGCAAGACCGCCUUCUAACGUGCUAGCGCAACCGAAUCCUACUGCGAGAUGCUUCCUAUCAGCUCUUUAUGCUCAUCGAAUGUAAUGGAUCGAUAAAAUUGAUGGAACAAAAUUUAUACUAUUAUAAGUCGCACACUUUAUCAACUAUGGGGAAAUCGAAAACAAUUCUACGCUGAACGUAUUCCUCGUCUUUUGCCAAUACCGUUUUCUAAAAUAUGUAUUCUAGAAAUUUUAUUAUCUUGUUACAGAAUAUAGUUAUGUUAUUCGUGAGUUGUAUUUUACUAGAGAAAUGAAUUAUUCAGACGGUAUAUUCUGCUUUCCUAGAAGCUAUCAUGAAUUAUCUUAACAUUUUGGUUUCAUCAGCAUUUUGAGAAGUAUCAAUCGUACGAUGUCAUUGCUAGAAUAAACGUGUGUAACGAA